AUGACUAUUCCAGUUAAUCCAGAUCUCUCCAACCUUAGAAUCAAUGAUUCUGCCAAUACCUACCAUCAACCAGAGGCCCAUAUUGCUGCCUGGGCAACUGCUGUACCAUUGCCCAUCCAAACUGAACACUUUUUGGAGAAGUGCAGAGAGGACAGAGUUAGAGAUGGUUGGACCGAUGCCCAAGUUACCAUGUUCGAGACCUUUGUCAAGUCUUCCAAUAUCAAGCAGCGCCACACUGUCCAUCCAUUCCUGUUGCCCAAGGAUGUCUCGGCCGAGGACUACCCAGAGGCUGUUGGUGUGAUGCCAUACGACAUCUUUGCCGAUGGUGCCAACCCAACUAUGGCCCAGCGUGAGGCUUGUUUCGAACACACAGCUGUCAAGCUCGCCGUUGCCUCUGCCCAACGCGCACUCAAGAAGUGGGGCAAGGACAAGAGUAACAUUACACAUAUCAUCACCACCUGCACCAGUGGCUGGCGCGAGCCAGGCAUUGCUUGUGCCGUCAUCAAGGAGUUGGGCCUGUCCGAGGACAUCUGCAAGCAAGAGUUGAACUACAAUGGUUGCUUCUGUGGUGCAUCCUGCCUCCGUCUUGCUCGUGAUAUCGUCCGUGGUGGUCUGUCUGGUGCCGUACUCGUCGUUGCCUGCGAGGUCGCCACCACCCAAUACAACACUACCCACAGCGACAUGGAGUUGAUGGUUGCCCAGACACUGUUUGCCGACGGCUCUGCCAGUAUCAUCGUUGACAGAGAGGGUGAGUGGAUGUACACCAAGACUGGUGGCGCUGUCGUCCCCGACUCACAACACCUGCUCGGUCUGCGCCCAGCCCUCGACGGCGAGAGCUCCUACUGCAUGACCCUCUCCAAGAACGUUGCCUCUGCUCUAUAUCAAUACUUUGCCACAGGCAAUGGCCGCAACAUCAUCAACAGACUUUGGAAGGAGGAGGACGGUGAGCGUCCUGCUCUGGCCAUCCAUCCAGGUGGCCCACGCAUUCUCGAGGCUGUCGGCAAGAACUUCAAUGCAUUGGGCUGGAAGUCCGAUGCCCUCGAGUACUCCUACGACACUCUGAGGAACUAUGGCAACCUUGGUUGUACCGCUCUGCUCUUUGUGUUGGCCGAUCGUUUGGAGAAGCAAAACAUCCAGGAGGAUAAGUUGAUCACAAUGGCAUUUGGACCAGGUGUCACUGUCGAGUAUAGUAUGCUACAAAGGAAGAGCAGUGUUGUUAAGAAGUAA